UUUUUUAAAAUUCGUAGAUAAAAAUGUCAGGUUCGUCGUGUGAGAUUAUAAACUCUUCGCUGAAGUGCUUGGGUUGCUGUGCAUAUAAAAAUGGCGAUGCAAUCAGUUAACAGCUCAGAAGUGAGCGAGUUGGCAUUCGGUGAAAGUCGUAUUGAAUACUUAAAAUGAACACAACAGAACAAAUAGAUAAUGUAGUGAAUUUACUACGAAACACCUUUAAUCAGAGUUUACACUAUGAAUUGACGACAACAACAACAGCUUCUACUUUGCCACUACAUAGCUCCAUUGCUCGAGAUAACAGCAAUGAGGGCGAUAAGGCGCUACUCAUUGCAAAAGUUAUUACCAUUGUUAUAAUGUUCAUUGCAACAGUGAUUUGCAGUGGAAUACCGUUCUUAUUGAAUCGUUACUUCAAAUGGACCGAAAAUAAUACUGACGCACGUUCCGCCACUGUGGUGAAGUGUCUAUUAUAUUUUGGCGGUGGGGUACUGAUCUGUACGACUUUUUUGCAUGUGCUGCCAGAUGUACAGGAGGAUGUACAUGACUUGCAACAUUGUGGCUAUCUGCCUGAGUUGACUUUUGGUUUACCAGAAAUGCUUAUGUGUGCUGGAUUCUUUCUAAUGUUCUUCAUCGAUGAAUUGGUGCAUACUUUUCUACACAAUCAUAAACCAUUGUUGGAGGAGGAUGACGGUGCUGGUGCCGCUUUUGAACGUGGACAUAGUUUCCGUAAUAGCGUGUUAUUUAAACCCAAAAACCCGAAGAAAUUUGAGCUGGCGGAAAAUGAAACAAGCGUUGCUACUAUUAGUGUCACUGAAACGGACAAUGUAAAGUUGGAGAACGGCAACAGCGUUCCGGAGCGAAACAACAACAAUGUGGAAAGCAAUAAUACUGAACAUGCUGUGGAACAUAACCAUAAACAUCAACAGAACUCGCAUUCACAUUCCCAUAUGCCAGUAGUGAAUAGUGAAGGGGAUGCCGUUACCUCCUCACUGCGAGGUUUGUUUAUUGUAAUGGCUUUGUCAUUGCAUGAACUCUUUGAAGGUAUGGCUAUUGGCCUUGCCGGUACAGCAAGUUCGGUAUGGUUUAUGUUUGGCGCUGUCGCAGCUCACAAAUUGGUCUUGGCGUUUUGUGUGGGCGUUGAAUUGAUCGUAGCACGUACACGUCGUGGAUUAGUAAUUGUUUACUUAUUUACUUUUGCGAUUGUUAGUCCAAUCGGUAUUGGUAUUGGCAUAGCAAUUACUAAUACAGAUGAUAUGACUUCGACAAAUAUGACUGCAGCUAUAUUAAAUGGUCUUGCCUGUGGAACUCUCUUGUAUGUGGUGUUCUUCGAAAUUCUCUCGAAGGAACAUGCUGGGUUAUUGUCAUAUUUAAUGUUACUCAUUGGAUUUGGUGUUAUGUUUGGCUUACAACAACUAGGUGCUGAUGAUCAUGAUCAUGGUGAUUCUUGCGACGGGGCUGACACUGAGACAACGCAUCAGUUAAUUGUUACUGAAUCCACUACUGUACAGUAAGAAAUAACUUUUUUUAUCUACUGGAUUAGAGAUUUAAGAGUAUAUAAAGAUAAUACACUAUUAUUAGAGGUUUAAUACCUCUCAGCACGCGAAAAUCAGAAAUUUAACAAAAUUUUUCUGAAAUUUGAUUUGACAGAAGAGCAAACAUGGAUUCAAAUGAAUGUUUUAAUAUACUUUAUUGUUUUACACAUGUGAGAAGAAUAAUAUGUAUAUAAUAGUAUUAUCCAUUAUGUUGUAAGGCUUUUGACAAUUCUGAAGUCAAUGUUCAAAAAAAGGUUUAUGUAUGAG